CAAGAGACCAGACUGGCAGCUACUGAGACUGAUGUAGUGAAUCUGGAGAAAGAGAUCACAGAGCAACCCAAGGUGGCAUUCUCAGCAGGGCUGACUAACUCAGGAUACAUAUCGUCUGGGGAUACUGACCUGAACUUGGUCUUCACUAAAAUCAUCACCAAUAUUGGACAGGCCUACAGCAGCAUAACAGGCUUCUUCACAGCUCCAGUCAGGGGAGUCUACUACUUCAGAUUCACUGUUGCAGAUAUCCUAACCUCACACUCAAUGACCAUCAGGAUGAGUAAGAAUGGAGAGCAGAUCAUGUAUUUAGGAGAGUAUGAUACUGAUCACCAGCGCUCCUAUCUGUCCAGUGGUGCUACUCUGCAGCUGGAGGAGGGAGACGUAGUUAACAUGCGACUCCCUGCAGACCGCAGGCUCCAUGAUAAUUCUAAUAAUCACUGCACCUUCAGUGGCUUCCUGCUCUUUCCUCUCUGA